ACAGUCACAUCACGUUGCUUGCUUAUCCAUUUCUUCAAUCCCCUACUUCUUCCCUCUCCAACUACCACCAUCACAUCCAACUUCAAUCAUGAUCUCCUUCACUACCCUCCAAGUCGGCACUCUGGUGCAAGCCACUUUCCUGCUAGGCAUGAACACCGCCCUAAGCAGCAUCUCCAUCCCCUCCGUCCUCAUCUCUCCCUCGCCCAUCCUCGCCAUCCGCCAAUGGCACACGCAAUUCCGCCGCGCCCAAGUUCCCGCCACCACGCUCAGCGCCUCAAACCUCAUUCUCUCCCUCAUUCUCGCCUACGGCUCCUCUGACAAAUCUGGCUUCUUCUCCAAUAAAACGACCAUGCUCUACGUCGCCAGCAGCGUCAUGGCGUUUUUGAUCUUCCCCUUUACGCUGCAUUAUAUGAAUCCGGUUAAUGAUGCGUUGAUUGAGAAGUUCAAGGAGCAGGAGGAGUUUCAUUAUGCGGAUUUGCCGGAGAAGGAUGCAGGCAUGCAGACUGCUAUUUACCAUGAUAAGAUUGCGUACUGGGGAUGGCUCAACCGCUUCAGGAUCGUUUUGUACUCUGGAGUUGUGCUGGUUAAUGCAGCAGCCGUUUUGGCAUAAGUGUGCGUCGUGGAUGUGUACUGAAAGCCAAUAAUACAAUAUUGGGGAUUGAAAGGAGGCUUUAUAGUGCGGUUGUCAGUGAGCUGGGAAAGGUGUGAGACAUCAAGAGUAUGUGGAGAAUGACGAAGGAUGUAGAGGAGUGUUGUUCAUUUUCUGGGGUUUAGAGUGUUAGAUGGGGUGGUGUUAUCAUGGAAAUGAGUAUCCGGUGUCUAUUUGCAUUAGUAACGUCUAAAAAUUGAGUUUAUUUCCUUUUUCCUAUAUCUGCGCAAGGGAGAGUUCGUCCAAAAUAUUUGCUGCUUGAUAGUCAUACAUAGAUGACAUUGCCGACAACUCGGUGAUAAGGAAUUAGGAAGAUGAAUGUUAUCAAGACACAUCUUCUCGUAUUUGGACCA